AUGAUAGGCCAAAGUGAAGAUUGUUUGUAUCUGAACAUAUGGGCUCCAAGAACUGGUUACCAUUCUGGUAAGAAGGCUGUGAUGUUUUGGUUGUACGGAGGUGGGUACAAUUCUGGAUCUAACCGGAUCCCAACUUAUGACGGAGGCAUUUUAUCUGCAAGAGGGGAUGUGGUUGUCGUCUCAGUGAAUCACAGGUUAGGAGUGUUUGGAUUUUUGUCAACAUCUAGCGACGAAGCAAAAGGGAAUAUGGGUCUGUAUGACGUACUAGAAGCUCUGAGGUGGGUCAAACGCAACAUUCGUGCUUUUGGAGGAGAUCCGGACAACAUCACUAUCUUCGGACAUAGCGCUGGAGCCUUGACAAUAGGCCUUUUCUGCACGUCCCCUCUUGCCGCUGGCCUCUUCAGAAGGGCCAUUUUGGAGAGUGCCGCACCAACGAGACUGGUUGAAGAAACCAAUAAAGAUGCCCGUACUCUUGCAUACGCAGCUGAAUCUCUAAACAAUUUCCCAGUCACAACCUUUAACUACGUCUAUGGAGACGAUCUUCUACCUACAAAUCCUCGGUUGGCUGUACGUGCCUUACAGUUUGCAAACGUCGAUGUGCUAAUCGGUAAUACUCAAGACGAAGGCUCUUUUCGACUACCUGCUUCAAUGCCCGAAGUCUUCGGUCCGUUUGGUGAGAAGAACACUUGCAUCAACAGAACUUCUGGAAUCGAUUUGAUUCUGCGGCUGUUCGGAAGUUUCCCAGGGCGGGAAGCCAUUGCUCAGUGGUACCUUGGAAACGCUGAAGAAUGUGAUUACGAUUAUGUGCGCAGGCAAGUUUAUAAUUCUAAUGGGGAUUAUGCCCUUUUUUGUCCGGACGUUUACUUUGCGGAACGAUACGCAAGGAAGGGAAAUCCAGUGUAUUUCUACUAUUUCAACCAUAAACCUUCUGUGACGCCAUGGGCUGCAUGGAUGGGUGCUGCUCAUGGAGAUGAAGUACCGUUUGUCUUUGGAAGACCAUUGGAACGCGGGUCAAAUUAUUCAGUUCCAGAAAAGAGACUCAGCGAAGAAAUGAUAAAAAUGUGGACAAACUUUGCAAAAUAUGGGUACGUAAUGAAAUUGCUAUUGUUAUAUUUCAAGUAG